UCUAUUAAAUUGAACUAAUUUUGUAGUGUAGACAUACCCUGAAUUGCCCCCUUCAUAGCUCCCUUGUUCUCAGUGCUGCAUUUGCUAAGUUUUCCCAUUGUCAGCUUCCUUGGUCUGAGCACUGGCAUGUAACAAGCUUUCCCAUUCUCAGUUCCCCUGGUCUCCUUGCUUGGUGACUGUGUCAUUAUAUGAGUGCCCUCAUUGCUUGCUGAUUUCAUGUGAGUCCUGUGUGUCUGUACCAUGGACCAAGUUUUACCAUUGUCAUCUGCCCUGGUCUUAGUGCUGCAUGUCAGUUUCAUGCACUCAUUUCCUAUGCUCAUCAUCCCUGGUCUGAGUGGUGUAUAUAUGUGCCAAACUUCAUAUUUCCACUUCUCUGGUGCCAUGGUUUUAGCAUUGUGUGUUUGUACCAUGCACAAAUUGUCCCUUUUCUCAGCUAUCUUGUUGGUCUCACCUCUGUUUGUCUGUGGCAUACUCUGAGUUUACCAGAUCUCGGUCUCAGAACUGAGUGCCUGUGCCAUGCACUGAAUUUCCCCAUUCUCUGUUCCCCAGGUCUCAACACUUUGUUUCUGGUCUGUACAUUGAGUUUUCCUGUCCUUAGCACCUCAGGUAUUAGUGCUUUGUUUCUGUGACAUGCACUGAGUUUCCCCAUUCUCAGCUCUACUGGUCAGUGUUUGCAAGGCCAUGGCAGCGAGGGUGAAGUGACAUGCUCUUAAAAAUGGAGUCCUCUGUGUGUGAUACUGGACAAAACCACAUCUGAUUUUAUCUCAGUACGAGACAGCGGAAAAACCAUAACCUACCCUGUACCCCCCGAUUGUCUGUCUUAAAACUGAAUGAAUGGCCUGCCUGUGUAAGAACUCUGCAGUAACACACACAAACUAAUCUGGCACUUCAUAGGCUUGGUCUCUAUAGAUAUUGAAUUAAAUGCUGAAGCAGGAGGAUUAAUAUCCCUGCCAAAAUGAUCUUUUUUUGUAAUGAUUUUUGAAAAAUUUCAAACCUUGAAAAUAUUGUUUAAAAAGAUAUUAUGGGUGUUUUUCCUUAUUUGUUUAAUUUUGUAUUUCAACUCUAGGAGCAAAGAAGGUUGGUCACACAUAAAGGCUGCGGGACUGUUGUAUCCUUGACAGCAGUGCUUCUGGGUAGAAUUUAAGAUUCAUGAUGGAAUCCAACUGAACACAGGCUCCUGGUAUGAUGCUGUGUUGCUAAGAGAAUCAGUACAAUCCUUGGAGGUAGAAGCAGGGAAAUACUGAGUAGGAGUAGACAGGUGGUAAUUGUCUCCAUACAGGGCAUUAGGGAGACCAUUACUGGACACACUGUCCACUUCUUGUGUUCUCACUUCAACAAGGACGUUGAAAACCUUAAAAUGACAAAGAAAAGAACCACCAGAAUUAUUCAAGGUCUGGAAAACUUGCCUCAGAGCGAAACACUUACAGAGAUCCACCGGUUCCUUUUAUUCAAGUGAAGGCUGCAGAACCACAUCAGCGUUUGGCUCCGGGUCGUCCCAUCUGCCCGGGAGCGGGAAAGGGACAUGGCUGCGGCGGCUCGUGCUCAGGGGUCGAUGACAUUCGAGGAGAUGGCUGUGUAUUUCCCUGAGGGACAGUGGGCUCUGCUGGAUCCACGUCACAGAGUUCUUUACAGGGACCUCCUGGGGUUUCCUGUUCCCAAGCCGAGUGAGAUCUCCCAGCUGGACCGAGGGAAAGAGCCAUGGGGCCCAGAUCCCCAGGGCUCUGAAGAAAGGGGUAUCCUGAGAAGCAGCCACACAGCAGGAGACGGGAUGGGCAGUGAGAGUGAAGAGGAGAACUCUCAGCUGGAAGGUCCUGAGCUAGUCCAACCACACAGGAGGAUGUCGGGAAGAGUUGAAGGGAACAUUUCCCAGAGCCCUGAGCAGGGAGAAGCCUGGGAGAGUCAGCACAGACUGCAAAGGCAGCCAGGGAAAGGAUUGGAUAAAUCGUGUCACAGGCCCGUGGACACCACCCACCAGAGAAACCCCAAUGAAGAGAGACCAACCAUCUGUGAGGAAUGUGGCAGAAGCUUCAGUCGCAGCUCAAACCUGAUUGUCCAUCAGAGACUCCACGCCGGAGAGAAACCCUAUAAAUGUCUGGACUGUGGGAAAAGCUUCAGCCGGAGCUCCCACCUGAUCACCCAUCAGAGACUGCACACAGGAGAGAAGCCCUACAAGUGCUCCAACUGCGGGAAAAGCUUCAGUGACAGCUCCACUCUCAUCACCCACCAGAGACUCCACACCGGGGAGAAACCCUACAAAUGCUCUGACUGUGGGAAAGGCUUCAACCAGAGCUCCAACCUCACUUCCCACCAGAGAACCCACACAGGGGAAAGACCCUACAAGUGCCCCGAGUGCGGGAAAAGCUUCAGUGUCAGCUCCUACCUCAUCAGGCACCAGAAAAUUCACACAGGGGAGAGACCCUACAAAUGCGAGCAGUGUGAGAAGAGCUUCAGUCAGAGCUCCAGUCUUAUCAACCACCAGCGAGUGCACACCGGAGAGAAACCCUAUAAGUGCAUUGAUUGUAACAAAUGGUUCAGGAACAGCUCAGACCUGAUUAGACACCAGAGAACCCACACGGGAGAGAGACCAUAUCGGUGCCCAGACUGCGGGAAAAGCUUCAAUCGCAGCUCAAACCUCAUGACGCACCAGAGGAUCCACACGGGAGAGAAGCCCUAUGAAUGUCCUGAGUGCAGGAGGAGCUUCACCGUGAGCUCAGCCCUGAUCAAACACCAGAGGACUCACCGGGAGGAGAAGCCUUACGACUGCCCUGAUUGUGGGAAAAUCUUCAUUCGCUGCUCCAAUUUUCUUACGCAUCGGAGAAUCCACACAGGGUAGAAACCGGCAUCCCCUGAUAUCCCUGCCCCUGCCCCAUGCCAGCUCAGAAGGAGCCGCUUUGAGCCAGGGUCAGCCUGGCUGGCAGACUCCAGGGAGUUGCUGCUCAGUGGGGUCUGGGAAUCUGGUUUUGGGGCACAGAGGUCUGGGGCAGAUGGUUAUUUCUAGAAAGGGAAGGAUUGUUUUGUUUUGGAUUUCAAACACUUUUAUAAACACAGUCCCACUCAUGCAGCCUCAGCAGGCGGCACCAUGCUAGGCAGUUUACCCUGCCUGUCCUUGUGGUGAGGAGGAUGCCUAGAAAGCAGUGGUUACACUAAUAAACACGUCUAUGGGCUCUAUCGAUGUUACGUUCGUACAAUGUGCCUGGGGAGGUUACACAAAUCAAACUGUCAGUGGAAAAGCAGACUCAUACUCAGAGAUUCAUUAAGUUUGAAAGACUGUGCUGAAUUAAUGGCAUUUGAAGUAUGCAUUUGGAUUCAGACGCCCUUGGGAAAGUUUAUCUAUGCACUGGUUUCCCCUGAUAAGUAACAAAAAAUUCAAAAUAUGUCUGCUCUGGCCCAGCAACAGGUCGGUCAUUCUAGGUAUCGGAAAGUGUAUUCCUGGGUUCAUAGAAGCCUGUAAAUGACGUAAAUGUAUAUUGUGUUCUGUGUGGCAAUAGCCAGCUGUCACCAAGUCAUAGGAUCUGGUCUGGUCCCAGCCUAUCAGCCGCGUGGGAGUGACCCCUUUAAUGUGCCCAUCCCAAGGAUCCACACAGCUCCACAGGGGCAGGCCUGUGGCCACCAUGACUCCCAGACUGGGCCUUCGGCACCAGCAAUCCGUAUCUGUCGCUCCCUGCAGCGAAUCCAGCCCAGCCAGAGUCCUGCAGGGCACAGUGCUCUCAGUGAAUAUCCAAAGUGACACCAAACGGGCCUUUCAACAGAAAGUGACAAUUCAUUAGUUACCUGGCAUAUAGAAUCUGAAAGUCCUUACGUUAGCAGAGUGGGGCAAAGGUUAACACAUGGUCCAUGCUGUCUACAUCAGUGCAACCAGGCAGUAUCUAUUUCGCUCUUCAUUUCUCCUCUCAAUGUCAUCCCAGGUGAAAGCUCCAGACUCUUUGUAAAAGCCAGGAGUUAUCCCAGUAUCCUGACACUAGUUCGACCCAUUGUUCUUGAGCUGGGGCCUUUGCUCUGCUUCUCUGCUGAGAGGUGGGGGGAAAACUCUUUCCUUUUGGUCUGGUUCCUGGGUCUGAAUGUUCUGGCAUUUUAAAAAGGGUUGGUUUCAGCCCAUCCUUUAAUAUCCCAGUCACUGCACCCCAGUCAGCUACAUGACACAGCAUCUCAUGUCUGCUGCUCUGCCGCAAAAGCUGCAUUUUGAACCCUUUUGCACCCACUGGGUGGCUAUGCAGAGUACAGAGGUAAACUGAGGCACGCCCUGGAACCAUAAAAAUAUUACAGAAAAUUCCUGCUUUGUCACACCAACCUCACCCUGGCUGUCUAGGAUUAAAAUGUAGUUAGUAAAUGUGACUUGGGGAUUUCUUACACUAGCUCAAUAUAGAGCUUCUUUGUUAGGAAGAUGUAUGUGCAUACCCCAAAGAGGAGCCGGCAGCCUGUAGAUGGACUGAUGGGCACUCACCACAGCUCAGUCACAGAUGAUGCUUGCUUUAAUUUGAGUGGUUUUAUAAAAUCACUUGGUGAAAGCAACAUUGGAGCUUCCAGUACACCAUGACUGGGAUUGCAGAAUAUUUAUGGUAACACCUUCUGCUGAACUGCCAUAGAAAUAACUUUGAUACCAUGGGGCUAUGUUAAUGUGAGAUAUCUCUGUGAAAGGAAGAGGCUUGGCUCUGAAUUGUCAUUGUUGCAAGGCAAAUUUAAACUGAAUUGACAUGUUAGUGACCAAGCAAUUGUUUAAAGGUUGCCUUUUAAGAAUGACUCUUUGUUGAGCUGCCACUCACAGUCCCAUAACUUUGGGUUACAAAGUUUAACUGGUAAAUUGAUCCAGCCCUGUACUAAGGAUUCAGUGUUGUAGUAAAAGCCCCCACUCCAUACUAGAGUACGUUUCCUAUUGAUUGGUAAAUCUUUGUGGUUUGAUUUGUUACUUGUUAGUGAGUGGGGGUAGGGGUUAACACCAUAUCUUAA